AUUGAAGGUGGUUCAGUGGACUGUGUGACCAAAGCUUCAGAAAGAAUAGCUACCAUUGUAGAUGAGGUUGUAAAGAGUCCAAGCCUUGACUACUCACACUUUGUAUCACUUCCAUUAGCCAUACACCCUGAGUUAGUGGCAAAGCUAGUCAAUUUUCAGAACUCUAUUCUCGGAAACCAAAGCAUAGCUGGUGAUGAGCAAGACGUGCAGUCAUCUACUUUGUUUGACUUGGGGAUUGAAAAGUCUAUAUUCAUAAAGCCGAGUACUUUCCACUUGACUGUGCUUAUGCUAAAGCUAUGGAACAAAGAUCGAUUCAAUACAGCUCGUGAUGUUCUGAAGAGUAUAUCUCCUAGUGUGAUGGAUGCUUUGGAUAAUCAGCCAAUAUUCAUUAGACUUAAAGGACUGGAUUGUAUGAGAGGAUCAUUAGCCAAGGCUCGUGUGCUCUACAUUCCUGUUGAAGAAAUUGGUGAUGAAGGCCGGCUUUUACGUGCUUGUAGUAUCCUAGCUUUCAGUGUUAAU